AUGAGUGCCAUCGCCGUUAUUGCUAUAGAUUGCCUCAAGAAACUUAAAAGCCUUAUCUCAUCUGAUAAAUUGGCGCAGUAUGACUCCGAGGUCCGGCAUGCGAGAUGGAAAGAUGAGCUUGGACGCCUACGCGUAUGGGCUGCAAAUAUUGGCGCCCACCAGACAGGAAAUUUAUCACUCGAUCAUCGGCUCCGUGAGGCAACGCAUAUCAGGGAUCAAACCAUGCGGGUUCUCCAAAGAUUAAAGAGGGUCUUGGAAGACUUGCAGGACACCACUGAAGAUCUACUUGGUUCCGAUGACAUUUCGCCAUCAGAUGAUGAAUGCACAGAGACAGAAAUCCAGUCGGACUAUAAUGCACUCUGCGACACAAUCAACAAUUUGUUCCAAAUUUCGAUGGCAAUCCGAAGACCCGCACCCCACGAUCGGCUCGCGGGGACAAAGAGGAUAGAUGCCAUAGGCUUUGAACCGUUCGAUAAGCAGCAUACCGCCAACAAAUAUCCGGAUGCAGAUCCUGAGAUUCAAGACCGUCUUGGCUUGGCGAUUUCUCAGCGUCGGGCUAUACUUCGCUAUCGUGAAAGACAUUCGAAAAAGCUUGGUCAAGGUCUUAACAUCCGCAGCAGGAAGUAG